CACCGGACGGAGCCGUGCCAUGCAACCUUGUUCAGACAUCGGAGCAACUUGAGCUAGAGAACAAAGGAGCGCCCGAAAGAUCUCUCCCGGCUCCCCUCCAGAAGCUUUCACCAUCCACUCCAAUUCGGCCAAGUGGCGUCUUCGCCAUCUCAGGAUAAGCCCUCCUUUCCUACCACUACCACCGGCACCGCCGCCUCUUGUUUCUCUUCCUCUUCCUACUCGGCAAUCACCACACGAGAGAAGAGAAGCUAGCGUUCAACAGAGGAAGAAGCGAGAGAGCUGACAAGAAUCGACUGCCAUCAAUGGCUCUGGCGCCGGCGCCUCUCCAGUGCUUCCUCACGAGCAGCAGACCGGCCGUAUGCACGGCGACGCCGCCCAAUAAGCGCGCGAGGAGGCCGUCGAGGAUCUCGUGCAGGGCGUCCGGCGAUGACAAGGACAAGGUCCCGUCGUCGGGAGGGAGCGAUCUUGGGGUCAAGCAGCUCGGGAAGCUGGCCAUGGUCGCGCUGGCCGCCGGCGUGCUGGUGCUCGGCCCCGUCGACGGUGCCGUGGCGGCCAAGUCCGGCGGCAGGGUCGGCGGGCAGGCGUUCCGGUCCGCGCCCCGGUCGUCCGGCCCUCGGAUCAACAACUCCAGGACCAACAUCUACAUCAACCCGCCGGUGGCGCCGCCGCUGGGCGGAUACGGGUACGGGAGCCCGUUCUUCGGCGGCUACGGCUACGGCUGGUCGCCGUUCAGCUUCUUCGCCCCCGGGCCGAGCGUCGCCGUCGGGGUCGGCGGCGGCUUCGACACGCUCGUCCUCUUCUUGGUGCUGGGCGCCGUCGUCGGAGCUGUCAGGCGGUUCCUCAACAGGAACAACGACGAUUACGACGACUACUGAUUAUCAGUGCCAGGCUCCUGCUACGUACUUCACCUUCGUGUGUAAUAUAUAUAUGACGAAAUUUUUCCCGUGCGGAAUUCUAGGAACGGAGUGUACUGACGAUGCAUCAGGAGAUGUAUGUAAUAAUUUUGUCCACAGUGAAAUGUAAUGAGCAUAGCGUCUAUAGUUAGGGUCAGUUGCAAACAGCCAAAUACUGCAUAACAUCGAUCGAGCCAC